UUUUCAACCUACGGACAAACAAACACGAAAGCUUCUCCAGUUCUUGUCCUAAACGUUCAUAUGGGUGGCUGCUGCCAUGAGGCUGGGGGGACUCUGUUUUAGCUCACGGUUUUGAAUUAUUCAUUCAAUGGUUUGAAGCUUGAAGCUGAAGCUAUUGGUCUCAGUGCGAAAGUAGGGUUUGGGAGGUGAAUUUUAUCAACCAUGGGGAAGAAUUUGCGAGACGAAAACUCUAACAAUCCAUCAGGGAAUGAGCAUUCAGCAGGGUGCGUGUGGGGCCUACUUCAUAUCAUGAAGUAUCACCACUGGCAUUAUGUCAAGAAAAGACUUGUGCACAAGAGGCAUCGCUGGAACAAGCAUGCUGCGGUCUGCUUUACUGCAGGAGUUCGAGAUCCUGGAAACGAUGCAAAUGCCUCUACGCAAGAUGCCUCUAUGCAAGAAGAAAACGAUGCUAAGAUUGACAACUCUACUGAUGAAGGAAAGAUGAGGCAGUCCAUUCCUACAGUCAAGAAUGUCAAGGCCCGAAUAAAAGCACGGAUUGCUGGAGAGAUAUCGAAGAAGAAGGGACGACAUAACCGGAGUUCAAGCUGUCCUGCAAGAUCACAAUUGAAGCGAACUGAAUCGAUCCAUCAUUUGGAACCACCGUCUCACCUGGAUCCAAUUGCUGACAUGGUAUUGAAUGAGGGAAGUCCUAGAAUUGUUCACCUAAACAAUAAAAACUCUGCUGCUGCAAGCAAACCAGAAUCACUGCCCACGACAUCCUACGAAGAACCAACUAGUGGAAACAACAAUUGCGGAGAGAGUUGCCCAAUAGUUCUUGGAGAUCACAAAGUGCAUGAGCAGGUUGAUGAGAAUCAACAGGAUCACACACUUAUUCAAGAUAAGCUAGACGAUAACACGAUGCAAGAUAUGCUAGAGCAGAAGUUGAUACAUGUAAAAGAACUCGACGCAGAUGCUUCCGCUUUGGAUAUAAUCAAUGUAAACAAGGAGUUAUUAGUUAAAAUCUUACAUGAUCCAGGCUCUCCUUUGGCCCAGCACUUCCAUAAUCAGCAAGCAGUCAGUGCAAAAACGAGUUUAAGUAAGUCAGAGUCAUUCCCUGUACCUGGCUCUUCAGACAGAAGAGGUUCUGAGCCUAUCAAGCUCAAGCACAAGCAUGAGUUGAUAAGGUCUCCUGCAAAAGAAGAAAGUAAGUCGAAAAUUGGUAGUCAAGCACAAAAGUUAGCAGGGUCUACUUCUUUGAAAUAUGUUGGUGAACGGUCAAUGCCAUCGAUCAAUGAGUACAGUGAAGAUGGAAUUCUAAAGCUAAACCAAGCAAUUGCUGAUAAUUCUUAUUCUGGUUCUGCCGACAAUGAAAUGGCAAUUAAGCGUUUUAAGGAUCUUAGACAGAAAAUAAAGCAUGUAAUCAAGGAGAGCAGAAAAGAGAGACAUAUGAUUACUAUGGAUGCCCUCCUUCACAAGAUUCCUCAUGGCCAAAAGCUUACUAAAGAAUUGGAGCAGGAGAUCGAUAACCAUUCGAAGGACCUUGCAAUGAGUACAGAAGGUAAAGACAGUCCAGGAAGCAGUUAUGAAAGCGAUAAUUCGGUUUCUUCCCUCAAGAAAAAGAAACAACGCCACAUGAGAAGAGCAUCUUCCCUCAAUGCAUCACUUGACAGGUACUGUCAGUUGUAUGAGACUAGUUGCAGCAGAGAAGCCAAAGGCCAUGCAUCUGAGAGAUUGAAAUUAAGAAAAGAAAGGGUAGACUCACCUUUGCAGCCUGUUCUGAAAACGCUCGGGAGGAUUUUUUCCUUACCUGAAAUUAAAUCGUACAAGUAUCAGAGUGAGGAAUCUUCUGAUGUUUUUUCUUCUGGAGCUCCAACACGGUUUGCUGUGGAUGGCAGGGCAAGCAGAAGAAGUAGCUUUGAUGAACAAAAUAGUCUAGACAUCCCUAUAGGUUCAGAAAAUCAUUUGCAGCUAGAUGCUCCUGUAGAAAGUAAGACAGAAAACUUGGCUGAAGUUGGUGAGUUAGAGGUGGCAUCAACAUCAGUUGCAAACAAUGAGGCAAGUGCUCCGGUGGAUUCGAUUUUUGAUGAUAUUGAAAACCUAACAGCAGGGAACAGUGUUUCUUAUGAGGAACAAAAUGUUGGGCCUAGAAGUGAGUCCAUUAUUAAUCAUGCAGAUCCCUUUCCAAUCUCUGUGCCUGACUUCACUGUUUCCCUAUCUGAAGGAGCAGAAAUGAACAUGUCUCAUCUUCAAGUUGAUGCAAGAGACAUGGCUGAAUUUAACUAUGUGAGAGAUGUGUUGGAGCAAUCUGGGUUCAAUGGGAAUGAGUCCCUCGGGGCUUGGCAUUCAGAUGACCAGCCGGUGGAUCCUUUAGCGUAUGAAGGCGUUGAAGGCUGCUUGGUCCAUGAUCCUGAUUGUUCAGGAAAUGAAGAAGGUGGCAAAUGUGAUCACUUUCUGUUGUUUGAUAUGAUCAAUGAGGUACUGAUGGAGAUAUAUGGGAGGUCAUACACUUACUGUCCCAUGACCUUGUCUUCUCUAUGUAACAUCCCUCUAAUGCCAGCAGGGCACCACGUUCUCAAGCAAGUAUGGGCCCUUGUAAGUUGGUACUUGAGCUUGAGGCCAGAGUUUGAUCAAUCAUUGGAUUAUGUUGUGAGCAGAGAUUUGGCGAAGAAUGAUGGGUGGAUGAACCUCCAAUUUGAUUCUGAGUGCAUAGGAAUUGAACUUGAGGACCUGAUUUUUGAUGAUCUUUUAGAGGAAGUUAGCUUGAGCUUGUGGAUGGAUCAGGUUCCUUCCUAAGGUGCCUUCACCUUGCUUUACAUUAUAGUUCAUGAGAAGUAGGGACAAAGAUUAGCAAGAAAAUGAUUUCUUUUUAUUUAUAUUCAUACAUUAUGUACAGUUGGUGAAAUAGUAAAUUGUUGUGUAUAUUUGCUGCUUAACUAAUCAAUCAAAAUAAAUUUCAAUCA